GCCCAAUACGGAUCUUCAAUAAAACAAAAUGCAGUAGCCGGCGACCAGGAAUUUUCCAAGUCAGGUCAAAUCAGAAAUUUUCCACCAUGGAGAUGGAGAUGGAGACGGAGACGGCGAGUCCGUUGGUUCGUUUAUGCUUAGAGGAAGCUUGCAAGAGCAGAGACGCGGUUGGUCGAUGGCGUCUUCAGCGUCGUAGCCUUGAGCGUCUGCCUUCUCACCUCGCCGAUGCUCUUCUCCGCGAGCUCCUCCUCCGCCGUCUGCUUUUCCCUUCGCUACUCGAAGUAUUCAAAUAUUCGGUGGAGAAUAUAGAUCUCCGAGGGGAAAGCUCCGUUAACGGAGAGUGGAUGGCGUACGUUGGAGGCUUUGUUAAUCUGUUCUCUCUGAAUCUUUCAGAUUGUCCCAGGAUCAAUAACUCCACGCUCUGGCCUAUCACAGGAUUAACAUGUUUGAAGGAGUUGGAUCUUUCGAGAUGCUCAAAGGUAACGGAAGCUGGUAUAAAGCAUCUCCAGUCGGUUGUGAAUUUGGAGAAGUUGUGGAUUCCGCAGACGGGAGUUAAGGAAGCUGGGAUCUCUCUUCUUGCUUCACUCAAGAAAUUGUCUCUUCUUGAUUUGGGUGGCUUACCUGUUACUGAUCACAACUUGAGCGACCUACAGGUAUAUGGUUUUAUAUGUGGAUAUUAUAAGAUUAAAUGCCAAUAG